AUGACAGCAAAUGACAGUACUGUUCGCUUCUGCAGAGCUCAGUGUGAGACGGCCAAUCGCAGACAAACAAUUCCUCUCGCUUGAUAAAUCUCAUGAUCCGCCGUGUUUGGUGGCACCGUGAUACAGCAACACAUACCUUUUAAGUUCGUCUGUGUGAGCUGGUGAAGAUGGUGAAGCCAGACAUCCAUAAUCUGGCCCACCACCUGAAGCAAGAGCGGCUUUAUGUGGCUUCGGAGAAGCAGCUGAUCCAGAGGCUAAACAGUGAUGUUUUGAAGACAGCAGAGAGGCUUUACCGGGCUGCCUGGAUUGCCAAGCAGCAACGGAUCAACCUAGAUCGUCUUAUUCUCACCAGUGCGGAAGCCUCUCCAGCUGAAUGCUGCCAACAUGCCAAAAUGCUGGAAGAUACGCAGUUUGUUGACGGCUAUAAGACUUUGGGCUUCCACGAGACUAUGUAUGGUGAGUUCCUGGCCCGACUGAGGGAGAACCCCCGACUGGUGGCAUCGUGCUUAGUGGCAGGAGAGAGGCUUAACCAGGAGCACACUCAGGGGGUCAUCCACACCGUCUUCACCUCACUUUAUGGCAACUGUAUCAUGCAGGAGGAUGAGAGCUACUUGUUACAGGUGUUGCGGUACCUAGUAGAGUUUGAGCUAAAGGAGAGUGAUAAUCCACGACGACUACUGCGACGAGGCACAUGUGCCUUCAGCAUCCUUUUCAAGCUCUUCUCCGAGGGCCUCUACUCAGCCAAACUCUUCCUCACUGCCACCCUCCAUGAACCCAUUAUGCAGUUGCUGGUUGAAGAUGAGGACCAUCUAGAAACAGACCCAGGAAAAGUGACAGAACGCCUCACUCCAGUGCAGCAGGAGCGCUUUGGAGAGAAAGGCUCUGAAGGCUAUAAACAAAGAGUGCAGGCGGCUGUGGAGACCAAUGAAGCGAAACUGGUUGCUCUAGUCAACAAGUUCAUUGGUUACUUAAAGCAGAACACCUACUGUUUUCCCCACAGCCUGCGAUGGAUUGUGUCACAGAUGUACAAAACGUUGUCAUGUGUGGAAGAUCUGGAGGUGGGAGAGGUGCGCACUAUGUGUACGGACCUACUGCUGACCUGCUUCAUUUGUCCAGCGAUUGUUAACCCGGAGCAGUAUGGUAUCAUCUCUGAUGCUCCCAUCAAUGAAGUGGCUCGCUUCAAUUUAAUGCAGGUUGGUCAGCUUUUGCAGCAGUUGGCAAUGGCUGAUGAUGAUGCAGACCCAAGACGGAAAAGCUGUUUGUCGAAAUUUGAAAAAAGUUGUGUUGCUGCUUUUCUGGAUGUUGUGAUCGGUGGAAGAGCAGUUGAGACCCCACCAAUGUCUUCCAUGAAUCUUCUAGAGGGUCUAAGCAGGACUGCAGUCUAUGUUACACAUCAUCAGCUGAUUGCAUUGGUGGAUUUUGUGCGUAGUGUGAUGACUGGGGACCACCUUCGGGAGGAAGAGCACAUGGCCCUGGAAACCUUGUUGGCCACUGUACCCCAAUCACAAACUGUGAAGAGUAAUAGUCUGGAACUCACCCCUUCCAACACCCCACAGCUCUCCCCUGCUAGUACUCCUGCCAAUAAGAAGAACAGACUCCCUAUAGGACAACACUUAGCUGCUAUAACAUCCUGGGACCACACAGCCACCUCCCUGUCUGCUCACAUUCCAUUAGUAACCCCUUUUGCAGCUGCUCGGAGCCGCAGUCGUACCAACAUAGCCCAGGAGGGGGAGGCAGAGGCUAGCUCCCAAGAGUCGCUGCAGGAACUCAUGCCAGAAGAGGUGCUGGUGAUAUCACUUGGAAAUGGACCUCAGACUGUCCCUGGAAUGAUGUCAGAAAAUGAGGUUUUGAACUUGCAGAUGGCUGAAGGGGGCCAAGGGGACAGCCAUACAGAUGACAAUAAGCUGCAUGGUAAACCAGACAAAACUCUGCGCUUCUCCCUCUGUAGUGACAACCUGGAAGGCAUUUCUGAGGGUCCAUCUAAUCGUUCUAAUUCCGUGUCAUCUCUCGACCUGGAGGGUGAGUCAGUUUCCGAGCUGGGAGCUGGACCUUCAGGCAGCAACGGGGUGGAGGCUCUGCAGCUUUUGGAGCAUGAACAGGCCACCACUCAGGACAACUUGGAUGAUAAAUUGCGCAAGUUUGAAAUCAGAGACAUGAUGGGCCUGACAGAGGAUCGUGACAUCUCUGAGACUGUCAGUGAGACAUGGAGCACUGAUGUGCUUGGCAGUGACUUUGACCCCAACAUGGAUGAAGAUCGACUGCAGGAAAUAGCAGGGGCAGCUGCAGAAAACAUGCUCGGCAGCCUGCUGUGUCUCCCAGGCUCGGGCUCGGUGCUAUUGGACCCCUACGGUUCCACAAUCUCAGAGACUACAAGCGAGGCUUGGAGUGUGGAGGUCCUGCCGAGUGAUUCAGAAGCUCCAGACUUGAAACAGGAGGAACGACUGCAGGAGCUGGAGAGCUGCUCAGGGGUUGGCAGCACCUCAGAUGAUACUGAAGUCCGUGAGGUCAGCUCUCGACCCAGCACUCCGGGCCUCAGUGUUGUUUCAGGUAUCAGUGCAACCUCAGAAGACAUCCCCAACAAGAUAGAGGAUCUGCGCUCAGAGUGCAGCUCAGACUUUGGAGGAAAGGACUCUGUGACCAGUCCAGAUGGGGAGGAGUCAGGCCACGGAGCACACCAUCUAACAUCACCUCCCUCACAAGCAGAGUCCUUAUUGGCCAUGUUUGAUCCCCUCUCCUCCGGGGAAGGUUCCACCACUGGAACAAUAGUGAGACCAAAAGUACACUAUGCUAGGCCUGCUCACCCACCCCCAGAUCCCCCCAUCCCUGAAGCCAGCGCCCUGGGGCAGGACACGCGGCACUCACUCUUCAUGCCCCACAGUUUGGCUCAGGCUGAGUUGGAGCACACCAAGCAGCGCCAUUCCUUCCCUGACAGGUUGGUCCGUAGCCGAAGUUCUGACAUUGUCUGCCCAGGCCGUCGACCAACGAGUGACCCCGGCCUCAAUCGCCGUGUCGCAGUUGAAGACCGUGACCCUGCUGGGGCCUUCGCUUUAGGGCCAUCUUCGUCACCCAGCAAGGAUUCAUUGAAAGGAGAGUCUGAGGACAGAAAAGACAGUGAUGAUGAGAAGUCUGAUCGCAACAGACCAUGGUGGAAGAAGCGUUUUGUGUCAGCCAUUCCUAAAGUGCUGUAUUGGACCGCUGAAAGUGAUGUCCCAGCUCCGAUAGCAGCAUUUCGGAAAAGGGACAAGCAGGAGAAGGAUGAUAUAGCCCAGGAGCGAAUCUCACAAGAUGACCCCUUGCCCAGACAGAGCUCCCAAGUCCAGGCAGCUGAAGACAUCCUGGACAAGUACAGGAACAUAAAGAGGACCAGCCCAAGUGAUGGAGCCACAGUGGGUGUGGUUUAUGAGGGUGCUGGAGAUCUUUGUGUUGAAGAAAGCGUGCAUGACUCUCCGAGAGACGAUGCGCUGCAGAACAUUUCCACUGAUGACCUCCCUGACUCUGCCAGUCAGACGGCCCAGCAGCAUGGCUCAAAGUUCUCUUUUAGUGAUGCCAAGAAAAAGUUGCGGUUGGCGUUGUGCUCAGCAGAUUCUGUGGCUCUGCCCAUCAUGACCUCUACAACCACUAGAAAUGGUCUUCCUGACCACAUGGACCCUGAAGACAAUGAGAUCGUAUGCUUCCUAAAGGUCCAGCUAGCAGAGGCCAUCAACCUUCAGGACAAGAACCAGAUGGCCCAGAUCCAGGAGACUACACGCUGUGUCAGCCGUUUCGACCCCCGCACCUGCAGGAAACUUCUGGCUGCCAUUGCAGAGGAUUACAGAAAGCGGGCUCCAUACAUUGCUUAUUUAACGAGGUGCCGUCAGGGCCUGCAAACCUCUCAGGCCCAUCUGGAGAGGCUUCUCCAGAGAGUUCUCAGAGACAAGGAAGUGGCCAACCGCUAUUUCACCACUGUCUGUGUUCGCCUCCUUCUUGAACACAUGGAGUCCAGGAUGCUUGAAUUCAUCAAGGCAUUUCAAGGGUGCACAGCAGCAGAUGACAAGACUGCAGCGGUGGAGGAUUUUCUGCGCUACUUGUACGGUGCCAUGGCCCGUGAUGCCAUUUGGCAGUAUGCGAGUGAGGACCAGCUGCAAGAUGCCCAGAUGGCCAUCGAGCGCAGCGUUAUGAACCGCAUCUUCAAGCUGGCCUUUUACCCCAACCAGGAUGGAGACAUUCUCAGAGAUCAGCUUUUCCAUGAACAUAUCCAGCGGCUGUCCAAAGUUGUGACGGCUAAUCAUAAAGCACUUCAAAUCCCAGAGGUUUACUUGAAGGAGGCUCCCUGGCCCUCUGCACAGUCUGAGAUCAAGACCAUCAAUGCCUACAAGACACCCAGAGACAAAGUCCAGUGUAUCUUGCGCAUGUGUUCCACCAUCAUGAACCUCCUUAGUCUAGCCAAUGAAGACUCUGUUCCUGGAGCAGAUGACUUUGUUCCUGUCCUUGUUUUUGUCCUCAUCAGGGCAAACCCGCCUUGCCUGCUGUCCACCGUUCAGUACAUCAAUAAUUUCUAUGCCAGCCGGCUGAGUGGGGAGGAGUGCUAUUGGUGGAUGCAGUUCACCGCGGCGGUGGAAUUCAUUAAGACCAUCGACGAUCGCAAGUGAAGCAGAACAGCCACCUGUAUGGGCAGACUGUGGGGGAAGGAGCCGGGAGACUGGGAGCCUUCCCGCCCAACUGCUCCCUCUGCACAGCUUCUGAAAGAUGGCCCUCAGCCUGCUUGUCAUGUGUAUAGCUUGUACAUAGCCACAGACGCUCAAAGAUUACAGAAUAUAUAAUAUUACUGUUCAUAUGUGGGGGGAAAAAAAAUCCAGGUUUUAGCCGUGGUGGGAAAACGGCUUUUGGGGAAAAAUUUCAACAUGUUAACCUUGAACUUGAUCUGGGUUUUUAUUUGUAUCUCUUUUGUCUCUUCUGUCAUGUUUCAUUUUUUGGGUAUCUGUCUUAGGAAUUUUAUAUAUAAGCAGGUACAAAAUAUGAAAUCAAAUCAACCUAAAUGAUAAACCUAUUUAAAGGGACCAGGUUUCGUUGGUGUGAUUAUCUCAUUUUAUUCCCCCUGACAGUGAAAGGAAAGGCAUUUCAAUUAUGUUACAUUAAAUUGUAUAUUAGGCAAUGAGAUUUAGUGACUCGUAACACCAAUGUGAAUUCCCACGAACCCACCAUUCUGUUAGUGAAUCACAUAAUACGGCAGCUUAUUUAAAGACACCCGCAACCCAGAUGUGGGUCACUUGACAAUUUGGACACAAGUACCCACUCGUUUAUAUGAAAUAGAAUAUUGAAUUCAAUAAUUCUAUUUAAUGCUUUAACUCUCAUGCAUAUCAUGCCCGUUCAAGAGGCACGUGAUGGGAACAUGCAAGAAAGGGUCAGGAAGGCACCUGAGCAGACCUACCUUGUGGAUGCUAGGUGAUGAAGAGGAUACAGGGUCAGCUCGUGCACAGUACUUGUGGCAGCAUUAAAGAUAUAUUGAAAAUAGUGCCUUUAUGUGGGGCAACCUGUAUAGGUUACUAUUUGUUUUUCUGCAAAGACAUGCCCCAUACCCAACCACACACAAACACACUCUCCACUGCUUUCGACACGUCCUUGCAGAGCACCACCAUGUUACUGAUCGCCAUGCCUCAGUCACUUUAAUGCACUUGAAUUUAAACAAAUGCCCCACUCAGUUUUUACCUCUGUGGGAUUAACUUGAGAAGCGUUGUAUAUGUCUGUGUACACUCACUACUUCAUUGAAUGAAUUACACAGCUCGAUCGUUUCUACCGGGGUUAAAGCCUUUUCUUAGAAUUGCAUUUGGAGUUCAUUUAGCGAUAUCUUUGUUGUAAUAUCAUUAAUUUAAGUGAACAAAGCUAUUUUAUUUCUCAUGGAUGCCAGAGAAGUGACUUUAUGGCGUGGGCAGUGAAUGAUUUGGACAUUAGCUCUCUACCUCCCCAUGCAUUCAAGAAAGGGACGGACUUUUGUGCACUUAUAUUUAUUUUCCUCCAUAGUUGACGUGCUGUGUUAUCCCAGUUUCAUCUUUACAGUUACAGCAGAAGCAUGACUACAGUUUGUCAGACUUUCUGUGCACAGACGUGCCACAUGUAUUAUAGUUUUGCUAAUCCAUUACAUGUCUUAAAAGUCAAUGAGCUGACAGCACAACACAUAACAUGGGGAGAGCAAAUAAUCAACACUGUUCAGUUAAUGCUGGGUGACACGGGCGUGUGUGUGGUUGCCUUUUGCAUGAAGUCACCGAGUGGUCUGCACAUUUUUGCUCAUGAUAGAGUCGAGUCAGGAUCAGUACCUGCCAGAGGAUGCAAAAAGCUUUUCUUUGAGUCCAUGGAACUUGUAUAUCAGAACUCUAUGGUUUAUUUUGCACAAAAUAUGUACGUUCCUCAAAUAUAUUGACAGGGAGCAGUGCAUUUUGAGACCUAACUGUUGCUGUCAAUGUGAGCUUUCACAUUUGUACACUUUCUUACGCUGUGUAAUCAAUGUUAUGAGAGCCAUCCACUGGAACAUCACGUUCUAGGUUGCUUCUACAGUAUACUAAUUGGAUUCAUGGGAAACACAAAUGUAAUUAAGUCUGGUACCACUGCUAAGUCCAUACCGGUUCUAAAUGGUCUAAAUGUUGAUCAAGUAAAAAAAAACAAAACAACAAAGCAAACUAUUGUUGCUGCUUAAAGCUAUACUGCUCUGCUCCCUGUGCAACUGAGCUUAAAGGCUGCACAGAGAGGAAAGCUAGAACACCUUGCUUCUAAUUUUACAUUUGUGAGCUUGCACAACUAUGAAAUGCAAGGAAAGUCGGUUUGUCCUUACUGUGAUUAUUGCGUUAUGUAAGUCUUUAGAAAAUAAAAGAAAGUGAUGUUUCCCCCCCUCAUUUAUCAUGCUUGAUACAUCAUUUCUGCUAUGUAUCACACCUACUGUUCACGCACAUUAGUGCUGUAUUAUUCAGUGCGGCUUCUUGGACAGUCGUAGGUACAUCCGGUUCACACGGUACAAUAGAUAGUGAGCAAAUUUAUGCAUGGAAUAUAAUUGUUCGGUGUGGGGGGUGGGAUGGAGCAGCAGCAUCCAAUCUAGUGGCCACAAAUAGCAGCCCCUCUGCAAACAUUUCAUUACUGCUGACAAGUGUUCAGCAAAUUGUAAUGGGAGAUAUCCCCUCAUUUUAAGCCCUCCUUACUUCACCGAUUGCCCUUCCUAAUGCUCAUCUUUUUUUUCAUCAUAAACUUCUUUGUGGGGUGCUAUCUAUCCCCUGAUGAUAUCUGGCAAUUGCUAAUUUAAAUUAAAAUUUUGGGGGUGCAGAGUUAAUUAGUUGCACAGACCAAUGGCUAGGUAUUUGGAGAUUUGAUCUUUUUGACUGGUUCAGGGAUACAAAGAAAGCCUGCUGUUUUGUCUUAAUGUGGGCUCCACAGCUAUGAUGAUGCAGACGUCACCUGUGACACUCAUGUAUCGCUUUUAGUGUUUAUUUUAGACUGAUUG